CUCUGCAGCGCCAAAGUGGUAAAAGAGCUCCCACAGAGCUCGCAUCGCUGCCCCCAACCUCCAAAAAGCACCACCAAAGCACCAUGGGCGCCGGCGGCUCAAUUCCCGCGGACGAGGCUGCUGCCAAGGAGGCCGGCAAGACCGACGAGGAGAUUAUGAUCUACAAGGCGUCCCAGGGCUACCAAGACGGCUCUUUUGCGAACUACUGCACCGAGGACGCCGAGGCUGAAUAUCCCGGCGCGCCGCCCUUCCCGGUGCCCUUCAUGAUGGGCAUCACGACCAAGUUCUCAGGCGCCUUCCCCGACUGGAAGUCGCAGUGUCUGUCGAUCACCAAGAACGACGACGGCACGUACACGGCCCUUGAGCAGCAAAUAGUUGGUGCUAUGAAGGCGGACAUGCCUGCCAUCGAGGGCACGCCGUUCCCCGCGGUCGCCGUCGCCGAGAUCCCGGACUCGGCCAAGGUCGAGAUGGUGUUCCCCGUGGAAGUGCUCAAGUACACGCUCGAGGGCGGCAAGAUCAAGAAGGCGGGGAGCACCGGCGAGACGAAGCCUCCCGCCGAAGUCGAGGGCGCGAACGCCGAUGUCACCCCGUACCUGCAGGAGCAGUGGGACGCCGGCAAGGGCGGCUUCGGCGCCAUCUACAGCAUGCUCGGCAAGCCCCUGCCCGAGGCCCCGGCCGAGGAGGCCGAGACUAUUAGUGCCGCGGCCGCGCCGGCCGAGGAAGCACCGGCGGCCGAGUAGGCGACCUCGACGAGCUCACUACCGCCCGCCCGAUACCCGCUCCCCCGUUAAUCUUAGCUUACCUUUA